CGGGCGGCGGGCCGAGGCGGGCCCGGAGGCGGGUGCGGGCCCUCGCGGCUGCCAGAGGCCCAGGCGCUGCCACUCGAGGGGCCUCAGACCCGGAGAGCGCGGCGCGGCGCAGGUUUAAAAAUCAAGAAAUACAAACCAGAUGCAGCAGUUUCUUGACAUGGAGAACCAAACCCAUAAUACAUUGGGAGCUUCUCCUUGUGAGGCAGAGCUCCAGGAAUUAAUGGAGCAAAUUGACAUCAUGGUAAACAACAAAAAAUUGGACUGGGAAAGGAAGAUGCGGGCUCUGGAGACACGAUUAGAUCUUCGGGAUCAAGAGUUGGCAAAUGCACAGACGUGUCUGGAACAGAAAGGUCAAGAGGUGGGGUUACUUCGACAGAAGUUGGACAGUUUGGAAAAAUGUAACUUAGCAAUGACUCAAAAUUAUGAAGGACAACUACAAACCCUGAAAGCUCAAUUUUCCAAACUAACUAAUAGCUUUGAAAAACUGAGAUUACACCAGAUGAAACAAAAUAAAUUUCGACGAAAAGAAGUACCACACCUCAAAGAAGAAAUGCCCCUUGAACUGAACAAUUUGAACCAGAAAUUAGAGGAAUUUAGAGCAAAGUCAAGAGAAUGGGACAAGCAAGAGAUACUGUAUCAGACUCAUCUGGUUUCUUUAGAUGCUCAACAAAAAAUAUUAUCUGAGAAGUGUAAUCAAUUUCAGAAACAGGCACAAAGUUACCACACUCAGCUAAAUGGUAAGAAACAGAGCAUAGAAGACAGCAGCCCUGAAAUUCCGCGGCUGGUAUGUGAACCGGAUUCCACUUGUGAAACCAGUGAAAGAGAUGAAUUCAUUAUUGAAAAAUUAAAAUCAGCUGUGAGUGAAAUAGCGCUAAGCAGGAAUAAGUUACAAGAUGAAAAUCAGAAGCUUUUACAAGAACUGAAAAUGUACCAAAGACAGUGCCAGGCCAUGGAAGCAGGACUCUCAGAAGUGAAAAGUGAGUUACAGUCACGUGAUGAUCUCUUGAGAAUUAUAGAAAUGGAACGAUUGCAGUUGCACAGAGAACUGUUAAAACUAGGAGAGUCCCAAAGUACUCAAGAAAACAAGAAAAGACUUGAAUCAUCUUAUUCACCAUCUAUUAAAGAAUCAGAAAAAAAAAGGAAAGAGCUAUUUUCGGUGACCCCAGAUCAACCAGAUCAUGAAAAAGAGUUGGACAAGAUAAGAAGUCAUCUCUAUCAGGAGGAAGAGUACCACAGCUCUGAGCAGGAAAGAAUGAGGAAUGAAAUCUCUGACCUAACACAGGAGCUUCAUCAGAAGGAGAUCACUAUAGCAACUGUCAUGAAGAAAGCUGCCCUUCUGGAAAGACAGUUAAAAAUGGAGCUAGAGAUAAAAGAGAAAAUGCUAUCGAAACAACAGAUGUUGGAUACGAGGUACAAAGCUGUCAGGACUGAAAACACACACCUGAAAGGCAUGAUGGGAGACCUGGACCCCGGACGGUACAUGACAAGUGGAGUUACUGAUAUAAAGAGUGUAGACUUCACUAACAGGGAACAUUCAAGGCACACAUCUAUUAACAAACUGGAGUACGAGAAUGAAAGGCUCCGAAGUGAUCUUGCAAAACUUCAUGCCAGUGGAAAAUCAACAUGGGCUAAUCAAAAUACCUAUGAAGAAGCAGGAAGAUUUAACCACGAUCGUGAGCCAAACAGAAGUGCAACACCUCCAUUGCCAUCUUUGCCAUUUCAAACCAAAGAAAUAGCCAGUCCUUUGGUUAGUGAUGAUGAGGUAUUCCCCAUGUCUCCCCCAGAUACAUCCUUCCCGGCUUCUCUGGCUACACAGCAUUUCCUUCUGGAGGAGGAGAAGCGAGCAAAAGAACUUGAAAAACUUCUCAAUACACAUAUUGAUGAACUGCAAAGACACACAGAAUUUACUCUUAAUAAAUACACCAAGCUAAAACACAGUAGACACAUAUGAGCUUUUAAACGUUUUUAUUUGCUUCCCCCACCCCAGGAAAACAAAGCUCUGGCAAAAUAUUUACACAGCUGAUUAAUGAAACUGAGAAAUUUUGUUCUGUUUUCUUGAGUAAAUCAUUUCUGUAAGGCAGCUAGAAAAUAGUAAGUAUUUUGUUUGAUAAAGCUCUUUGUAUUUCUGUAUUAACAUAAUAAAUUGUUUAGCUACAAAGUUACCGUAAAAUAAACAUGACUACUCCAAAAGAGACUUGUUCCCUCCAGUCUAAGGAAUUGUUUGGAAUUAAAUAUUGCAGCUUUUCCCCACUUUAAUGUGUACGGGAACCCAUUUCCUCUGUAACAACACAUGAUGAGGGAAAGGGCUGCAUGAUAUUCUAAGAAUAAACACAGGAAGUGCAGCUCCAUUGUACUAGGUUUGAAAAUUCAAGGAUUUUUUUAAAUGAAAAAUAUUAAGUAUUUUAAACUAUGUAAAUAUCCUAAAAUUUCUUUUAGAAAAAAACAUAGAGCUUACUGUUUCUGCAUUCAUCUUUGUAAUGUCUUUCUGUUUUAACGCAAAAAGAUGUGGCACAUACUGUCUGCAUGCUUAAAACAUGUGCCAAAGAUUAAUGCUUCAUGUACUAAUUACUUCAUGGACAUAAAAUAGAAAGCAUCACUGUUACUUUCUCCUUUGUAAUACCUCUGUUUUAAAUAUAAUAAAGAAAUGAGACAUUCUUUGGACUUAAAAUGCAAAUGCCAAGUCUGUAUAGAAGAGUAAUAGCAUGGUAGCGAACAAUAAAACUCAAGUUACAAAUAAA